AUGAGCCGGGGCAUCGACGCAGUGGGCGUCGACUUCGUCGUUAAUUUCAGUCUCCCGAUGAGGGAUUUUAAUGCGACUCAGCAGCAGCAGCAGCAGCAGCAGCAGCAGCAGCAGCAGAAGGAGCAGGAGCAAUCGCAAGAGCAGCAGCAGCAGCAGGAAGAGCAGGAGCAGCAGCAGCAGCAGGAGCAGCAGCAGCAGCAGGAGCAGCAGCAGCAGGAGCAGCAGCAGCGGGAGAUGGAGCAGCAAAGACUGUGGCUGCAGCAGCACCAGCUGCUGGAACACAUGCAUGUGCAGCAGCAAGUGAACCAAAGGAGACCCUGGCUGACGAGGCUAGGACGAAGGCACUCAACGCCCGCGGAGACAGCAGCAGCAGCAGCAGCAGCAACUGCAGCAGCAGCAGCAACUGCAGCAGCAGCAAGGGCAAGGGCUCGAUCCGGAGGCAGAACCCCAGGCAGCCUCCAGCACCACAGCCACACCUAUCACCAGCAGCAGCACCAGCAGCAGCAGCAGCAGCAGGAGCAGCAGGAGCAGCAGCAGCAGCAUUACCGCCAGCAGCAGCAGUGGAGGCAGCACCCGUACCAGCGCCAGCAGCAGCAAGAGCAGGCUCUGCUGCAGCAGCUGCAGCAGCUGCAGAAGCUGCAGCAGCAGCAGCAGCAAGAAAGACAGAGACGUCUGAGCUUCCCUCUCGAUAGCCAGUCUCCAUGGUAUCUAGAUUCUGCUGCUGCUGCUGCUGCAGCAGCAGCAGCAGCAACAGCAGCAGCAGGCAACAGCAACAGCAACAGCAGCAGCAGAAACAGCAGCAGCAGCAGCAACAGCAGCAGCAGCAGCAGCAGCAGCAGAAAAUGCUGA